AUGAACUGGCUCCUGAACAUCGGGCGCUUGGAACCCUUCCAGAGCCCCCGGAAGUGGGUCCCCAUUCUGGGAGAGCUCCAGAAGACCCUCCAGAAGGGCGAGUACCUGCCCCUCCGCCCGCUGCCCAUGUUCGAGAGUAACUUUGUCCAGGUAACACAUCGAGGGGGCCCCGUGUACCUGCAUCAUGGCUCCAACCGCCUGACCAUGGGUGUGGCAGCCACCCUGCCUGGCCUGGUGCUGCCAGACCUCCUGCUGAUCGCGAAGCCCCCCGAAGGCAGGGACUCCUCCAACCUCAUCCUCACCAGGAUGAUCCCGCUGGACCUAGUACAUCUCUACGUCCAUGACCUGGCCGCCUGGCGCCUGAAGCUGCGCCUGGCCACAGGUCGCUACUACUACCUGGAGCUGGACGCCCCCGACUACGAGGUGGGCUUCUUGUUCGACCGCUGGAUCCGCCUUAUCAACCUGCUUCAGGAGCCAGCCACCAGCUGGGCCCCCAGGACCCUACAUACUCCACCUCCUGGGGACCUGUCCCGGUCAGCGCCUUUCGCCUCCACAUGGCGCCUCCAGAACCCGUCCCAGUCCAAGCGUUCAGUCACGGUCACCAAGACUGUCUUUCCUUACAAGCUGCUGUUCUCCCAGAGACAACGGAAGGCAAAGGCUCUAAAGCGUAAAUUCAAGUCUCAGGCGGUGGGUGACUCUGUGCCUCUCAUCUGGUCGCAGCUGGAAUCGACUGACAGUAGAACGAAGCCUACAGAAAAGAGCAUGAUGUCCUUCUCCAGGGAGCGGCCCCUCCUGAUAACAGCUGCUCUCCCCCCAGAGAAGCCCAGCAUCACCAUUCGGACCAUCUUCAGCAUCAUUUCCAGCACUGUCAACCAGAAGGAGUCUUCCAAGGCCAGCUAUCUACUGGGGCCCAGGGUCCUAGACUUCUGGGUCUGCUCGUCCGAGUCUGGCAGGGUCACCAUCUCCAAAUGUAUGAUGGAGACCCCUUCUCACUGUAUCUCAGAGGACGGCCCUGAUCUCUCCUCUAUGGUCUCCUACGACCAGCUGGAGCAGUACCUGUGGCAGAAGGACAUUGAAGACCUCAUGGACGCCACGUCCACCACCUUGUCCUCAUCCUCCUUCUCCCCGACUACUCACACCACCGCCUUCUACCAGUGCACACCCUACCCCUCCAUCCCCAGGCACAAUGUCAAGGCCAGGCCACCAGCCUCUCAGAAGGCCCUAUCUGUCCCUGCCACAUCUGGGAAGACUCCAUUCAUCCUUGACCAGUCCCAGAGGGUCGCUGUUGUACCUGCUGUGCCCCAGAAGUUCACAGCUGUUCCUGCUGUUCCCAAGAAGGCCACCGUUGUCCCUGUCUCAUCGCAGAAGGCCCCAGCUGUACCUGCCCCACCCCAGAAGGCCCCAGCUGUACCUACCCCAUCCCAGAAGGCCCCAACUAUACCUGCUAUUCCCCAGAAGGCCACAGUUGCAGCUGCCCCCUCUCAGAAGGCCCCAGCUCUACCUGCCUCAUCUCAGAAGACCCCAGCUAUACCUGCUGUUCCUCAGAAGUCCCCAGCUGUACCUGCUGUUCCCCAGAAGGCCACAGUGGCAGCUGCCCCCUCUCAGAAAGCCCCAGCUCUACCUGCUAUUCCCCAGAAGGCCCCAGUUGCUUCUGUUCCAUCUCAGAAGGCCCUGCCUGUCCCUGUCCUAUCCCAGAGGGCCCCAGUUGUUUCUGUCCCAUCCCAGAAGGUCUCUCAUGUUCCUGUCCCAUAUCAGAAGCUCCUAUCUGUCACUGUCCCAUCCCAAAAAGCCCCAGUUGUCCCUGUUCCAUCCCAGAAGGCCCAAGUUGUCCCUGUUCCAUCCCAGAAGGCCCCAAUUGUUCCUGUCCCAUCCAAGAAGGUCCCCCCUGUCCCAUCCCAGAAGGCCCCAGUUGUUUCUGUCCCAUCCCAGAAGGCCCCUCGUGUUCCUGUCCCAUCUCAGAAGGUCCCACCUGUCCCUGUCCCAUCUCAGAAGGCCCCUCGUGUUCCUGUCCCAUCUCAGAAGGUCCCACCUGUCCCUGUCCCAUCUCAGAAGGCCCCUCGUGUUCCUGUCCCAUCUCAGAAGGUCCCACCUGUCCCUGUCCCAUCCCAGAACGCCCCAGCUGUCCCUGUCAUUCUCCAGAAGCCCACGUAUCCCCCUACUCCAAAAAGGAAGUCUUUCUUCCUACCUACCCCAUCCCAGAAGGCUCUGACCUCAUCUACCCAAUAUCAGAGAGCAUUCAGCCCACCCACAUCACUGGAAAAGAUCCCUGCCGACACUGGCAUGUUGCCAUCAGGAAUUCACAGAGUAGACAUGCUAGAGAGAAGCCAGCCUGAAGCGAGACCCGAGCCAGAAGUGAUAACGGGUGCCCAGGAGAUGAACGUGGUAGAGCAGAGGACCCAGACUCGGUCCCUGGAGUUGCCCUUUGGCACAACCAAGAAGAUGUCUGCAGAGGUCCUGGUUAGCAAAACCCAGGAGGUGACCUUAGAGGGCUUGAAAGGCACAGGGAAGUUGGAGGACAGAGUCUGCAAGAAGAAGGAGGAGAUCACUGUGGACCUGCCAGGCCUCAAGUCCAAGGAGAUGGAGCAGCAGAAGAGGUGGGUCAAGACAAAGGAGCUGAGCCUCCAGGGACCUGCACUGGAGCACAGUAGGCCCUUUUCCGUGGAGGGCCUUGCCCUCGCCAAGCUGAUGAUCAUGGCCAGCUCCAAAGAGCAGCACUCGAGACCGGCGGUGAUGACUUUGCCCUCCUGGCUCUCCAUGAAUUCUGAGGCAUCCUCUUUGUCUAGGGUGCCCUCAGUAUCCCCCAACCACAGCCAGUUGUCCUGGCUGAAGAGGUCACCGGUGGUGGUCAGGGAGCAGCCAGAGUCAGUCACCAGAGUGAAGGAGAGCACACAGCACUGGGUGGAGGUGGAGGAGCCACCCUGGGACCCAGAGAACGAUUCUAGGGUGUCCUUGCGGUCCCUGCCUGCAUCUAGCAGCCUGAGCGUGGAGAGUGGACCCCGGCCUCCCAUCCCUCUGCCCGCCUCCAGGUGGGAGGACCUACCACAGCCACCCAUCCCACUUCCCCCGUCAGGAAUGGAGCCCAUGAGAUUAUCUCAAGAGCCCAUCUGGAUGCCCAGCCAGCAGCUCCUGGCCAUGAUGGGGUUGUCCUCCAACGAUCUCUUGCCCAUGCUUUUGGAAAUUGAGAGUGUGAGAGAUUCGGCCACCCAGGUGGAGGUGAUAAAGGAGGAAUUGGGCAUCUUGCCUGCCCUGUCCAGGUAUUUUGGGUAA